AUGGAAUAUGUCCCGGAACGAGAAGACGAUCCUUUCGUACUUGCUGAACCGCCCGAUGCGGUAGACGAAACAAGGCUCACAAUUAUGCUCGUCAACAAGCGGUGGAACGCAGUCGCGCAGAUACGAGUGCGAUGCGAGAUACGAAUGGGCUGGAGACCCCGCUCAGAGGAUUUCACCGCGCAGGAUCAUCUCGUGAAAAAAGGCCUCCAGAGCCUCGUACGUGUUUCACAGAGCGCGCCUCAUCUGCUCAAAAACACGCGUACCAUGGUCAUCCUGCUUGGACCCGAACACGUGGAGGACUAUCGCGUUGGCGCCCAGGUCUGCCAUUUGCUCUCAUACACUACACUGCACCAUUUCUCCACCAAUCUCGACUUCGAGGUACCCUGGCUGCUGUUCCUCAGCAUGCGCAGUGCUCAUACCCUCACACACCUUGACUCCUUCUUCAACCCCCUCAUCGUCCCCGACUCCAUGAUUCAAUCCUUGAAUUCCUUCCCGAAUCUCGUGUUCCUACGCAUGGCGGAUCAUGAGCUAUACGACAUUGCCCGGAUAACACCCCAUCCGCAAUCUUUGGUGUCCUUACCGCGACUUUCCCUUCCGAAACUCCGCGAGAUGCACGUCGUGGCUAGAAGCUAUAUCAACAACGUUCACCCCAACGGUCACAUACCUUUUCACGUCGGUGCAACCGCUGAUCUUCCGUCGCUCACUCGUCUCUACGUCUACCAGGAAGACGCGCCAGACGACAUCUGGGAGUUAUUCCCCCGAUUUCUCCGAGCUUUCGGAAGGACACUCGAGGUGUUCCACUUCACCGACGUUUUCAUUCCAUCUGACCUUGAGGAUCUUGCUGAACGGGCACCCAACCUGACCGAGCUAGGCGUGUUUGUCACGGACAAAGGUGACUAUCACGGCGAUGUUAUCGAGUGCAUACAGCAUCCUCGCCUCCAACAUCUUGCUGUCACCGGUCGCGGUCAUUUCACCGACACCUUACGACUCCUCGACAAAGCGAAGCUCCCGGCGCUCGUCGAUGUUCGUUUCGCCGGCGUCGUAUGGGAUCCCAACUGUACUCCCGACUGGCUGGCCAAGGAGAUGGAAGAUAUCGAGAUGGCCGGACUCUUGACAUUGCGGGGUAUCCUUUGCGUCGACGAAGACGGCAAGCCGUUUGGUAAUCUGAAGUCAUUAUUGCCACAGCAGAGCCUAGCGUAG